AUGUCCUUCCAGAAGAUCGUUUCUGAAAUGUACAUAUGGAAGAAAAUGAGGGAUAAUAAGCGAAAUAUACCAAACAAUGGUAUAACUGCCCUGAAGGAAUGUAACAAACAUUUGUUUCCUAACAUAAACAUCCUUCUGGAACUAUUUUGUUGUCUAUCUGUAAGUGUUGCAUCUUCUGAAAGAAGUUUUUCAACACUCAGAAGGCUGAAAAAUUGGAUAAGAUCCAGAAUGGUCCAAGACUGCUUAAAUGGAUUGGUAUUAAUGCAUAUUCACAGGGGCAUCUGCAGCAGGCUGAAUGUUGAUGAUAUCAUCCAAAGAUAA